CAGCCUCGAGAGCGCGCGCCCUAACGGUUUCUGCGCGGUCAGAGAGGAGCGGGUCUGUUCGUGUUAAUGGGCUCGGCCCUUUACUUCGACUCCCUGUGAAUUUAUUUAUUAGUAUAGUCCGUAGUAUCUUAGAAACAUAAUCACGUGUGUGAACAGUGACAAAAGUGACAAAAGCGCCGACGUAUUCAGUGAGUGCAUUACAAGUGAUUCAUCCCAAUUAGACACCAUGGCAUCCGCAGCGAGGAAGAAGAAGACAGCCAAAAUCGCCGGAAAGGCGACUGACCCACUCCAGGUGUUCGAUUUCGCCAUAGGGGAGGGGAAGAGUGACCUGAGCGGCUCAGAAGAGGACCUUAAGGAAGAGGAGACCCCGAUAGUGGAGAAAGGAAAGAAAAGAUGUGCAUCGGCGGAGGACGACAUGCAGCUGGCUGUGGGGAAUGAGGUCCAGACUAUGCUGGAGCGGUUUGGAGAGGACAUCAGCAAGGCCAUUCAGGCUAAGAAGAAGCGUCUGGAGGCUUUCACCAGAACAUCUCUGAAAGGCAGCACCCAGAAACUGGAGCAGCUUUGGAAAGCACAGCAGGAACAGAGGCAGAAGCUGACCCAGGACCACUGCCAGCAGGUGGCUUCUCUGCUGCAACUGUGGGAGAAUGAUGCACAGAGAUCUAAAGAACAGGAAGACAAGCUGGAUAAUUUGUUCAGACAGCAGCAAAAGAUAAUUCAGCAGGCAAGGGUCAUUCAGAGUCAGAAGCUUAAGAGCAUCAAACAUCUGUAUGAACAGUUUUUGCAGCACAUGGACGACAUGGAGAAGAGCCAUCAGACAUUCCUGAUGGAUGCGCAGGCAGAGCUGAAGAAUGAAAUGCGUAUGCUGCAGAAGAAGAUUUUGAUGGACACACAAAAACAAGAGAUGGCAACUGUACGUAAAUCUCUCCAGUCAAUGAUAUUUUGAAGAAUCACAACUGUGCAGGUGACCUGGGUCGUUUUGACUUUUCAGCGGCAAUAGUCUUUGAGGCCUCUUGUAAUUUCAGAGAAAAUAUGUAAAAUUUUACAAAGUUUGACUCAUAGAUUUGAUUGUUGAUUGCGUCAAACAAAUUGGUACACAAAAUGUUUUGUGUGCAAUUAAGGUUUUAUUGAAUAAAUUUCAAGAGUAAAUAA